AUGCUCCCCUCCACAGCGUUCAACUUUGGUGGUUUUGGCGGCAACCUCGGAGGCCAGCCAGGUUCGUACUCGACUCCCGCUCAACAUCCGCACCUGCAAGACCCUGAACUGACCUCUUCCCUGCGUUCAGCAGCCUCAUCCACUCCCGGCUCCACCUCGAGCCCACUGUUCGGCCAGACCUCGUCCUCGAUCCCAGCGUUCGGCUCGGCCGCACCUGCCGCGAGUGCACCCACCUUCUCGUUCGGUGCACCGGCCGCGACCUCGACACCCGCACCCGGUGCAGCCGCAGCAGCUCCGACCUCUCUCUUCGGUGGUGGAGCUGCUGCUGGAGGGGGAGGGCUCUUUGGUGGCGCCAAGCCUGCCGCAGCCUCAGGAGGAGGUGGCCUCUUUGGCGGCGCAUCCGCAGCCUCCUCCUCGUUCGCUACACCGGCCAAGCCACCCACCUUUGGUGCAGCCGGCGGUAAAUUUACCUUCGGAGGUGCGGCCAACCCUGCUCAAGGUAGCACCACUCCCGCCGGCACACCUGCCCCCUUGUCGUUCGGCGCUCCUGCUCCCGCCGCUGCUUCGACGACCCCGGCUUCGGCCCCUACCUUCUCCUUCGGUGCCCCCGCCGCUGCCGCCCCCGCUGCCCCUGCUGGUGGUCUGUUUGGAGGAGCAAAGCGAGAAGGUGAUGCUGGAGCGGAGCAAGGAGCCAAGAAGCCCUCCUUUGGUGGAUUCGGUCCCUCGGCAGCCCCGGCGGCGGCCACGACGACGACGACGGCUGCACCGGCUGCCCCUUCGCUGUUUGAUGGCUUUGGUGCUGCAUCGUCUACCGCAACGACGUCUGCGUCUACUCCUGCAGCUUCUUCGACCGCUCCUGCUCCCGCGGGGGGAACGGCGCCCUCUUUCGGAGCAGCGCCGACAUCGACCCCUCUUGCGUUCGGAGCACCCGUCGCCUCGUCUGCCCCAUCCUCGGGUGCUGCCACACCUUCCGCCCCCGCCGCGAACUCAGCCCCUUUGUCCCUCUUUGGCCAGCCGGCAGUAUUCGCAGCUUCCAGUGCGGCACCCGCGGCGGCGAAGCCGGCUGCAGCAGCGGCCCCUUUGAAUCUCUUUGGCUCGGCACCCAAACCCACCGCGACACCUGCUGCGAGUGGGGCCUCAAGCUUGUUUGGUGCUCCUGCUGCAGCAUCGACGGCACCAGGUAAGUUCCAAUCUCUCAAAAUGUGCUUGACUUGCGACUGACGAUCAUAUUGUCUUCAUCAACAGCAGCUGCGACGACGAGUGCGCCGACUCUUUCGUUUGGAGCUCCGGCUGCGAGUACGGCACCCGGAGCAACAGGCGCUGCCACUUCCACAGCGCCCACAACCUUGUCCUUUGGUGCCAAACCCGCUACACCAGCCGCGACGCCUCCUGCGACCUCCGCCACAACCCUCUCACUCCCCAAACCCGCCGACGCCUCCUCGGCUCCUCCGACUUCGACGGCAAGUGCUCCGGUGCCUUCGAUGUUGCGCGGCAAGACGCUCGAUGAGAUUGUGAAUGGGUGGACGAACGAAUUGGAAGAGAGGACCAGGGAGUUUGGUGAUUUGGCGGGGGAGGUGAGGGAGUGGGAUCGCGUGUUGAGGGAGAAUGGAGAGCAGGUGAGAGUGGCUUGACUGUGCUUCUGACCUGGUGACGGUGCUGAUCACUUGUGUGCGAUGAUGUAGAUCUCGAACUUGUACACGUCGAUCCUACCUCUCUCACCGCUCCAAUCGCAAAUUACUACCUCGCUCGACUAUGUCGAAUCGCAACAAAAGGACCUCGCGGCCCUCUUGGACUCCUACGAAUCCCAAGUCGGCGAACUCGUCGAACAAUCCACCACCGCAUCAGGAUGGAGAGGUUCGAACGGAGCAGGCGGAGGAGGCCAAGCGGAGAAGGAACGUGAACGCGCUUACUCGCUCGCGACGAACCUCUCCAAUUCACUCGAUACGACUUCGACAUCGUUGACGUCGUUGAUCCAGACUCUUAAUGCGUUGUCGCCUUCGACGAUGUCACAGGCUAAUCGAUUGGGUGCGAAUAAUGGGGAGGAAGACCCUUUGGCGCAGAUUGCUGCCAUCCUAAACGCUCAUUUGGGGUCGUUGAAAUGGAUCGAGGGCACGACGGAGGGGUUGAAGAAGAACGUCGCUGAAUUGGAAGGUAGGGUGGGCGAAGUUGGAGCUAGGAUGGGAUCGGGGAGCAAGAGGGAGCCGAAUGGAGCGUCGAUGGCACCGAGUUCGUUGCUGAGGAAUAUGACGCCGAGUCGAUUGGCGUUGGGGUCGUCGACUGCGACGAGCGCGAGGGUCGGAAGUCCAUUUGGCGCGUCGGGUAUUAGGAGGUAG